GCUCAAACUUCGGAACUUCAGAGCGAGGCUAUAAAGAGCACGUGGUCUGGCGCGCACAGCCUGGUAUUCGAUCAACUGCUGCGAUCCGAAGUAGUUCAACGUACGCCGCAGUAAAGUCCACUCUAGACAGGCGUUACACAGGUAUUCUCCAACCACCUGCUCUCUUAAAGAUGCUGUUAUCAUGGUGAGCAUAGCCUUGACAGCACUAGUGACGGCAAGUACAUGCCUGCUAAUAGUGUGGCAAGUUUCAGCUUUGUUUUUUCCUCAAAGAGUCGUCAAUGUCACAAUACCGCCUGGGUAUCCUAAACAUGUUCCUUUCUACCAACUGCGUUGUGUUGAAGAAAACGGCAGUAUUAUUCCAUACGGAGCCGUGAGAUUCCAUGUUAGAAAAGUUUUUAUGCAAAAGGAAAAAAUAACCGUUAAAGAUAUUUUUACCGUUAACGCAUCAUCUGGUUGGCUGGCAUUGGCUGUAACUCUACAGAACAGAUGGGCAGUGCCAGGAACAAUAUUUGCUCUACGAGUGAAAGCAAGCAGGAACGUAUAUUCCAAUAGACCGUCCACGUCACAAACUAUCAGGGUUCAUAUCAAUGACAGCGAAGCCCUUUGCCAUCCAAGAACAAAACUAUGUUACUUUUCUUCGAAAGCGAAAUUUGACUUACCAGAAUCAUUUCCUCCUGGUGUGAGUUUUGGUCAACUACGCCCUCCUUCUACAAGUUUCUUGUGUCCUGAAACUCAAACGGAGUACCAAGUAGAAAAUGGAGAGGGUUUAGUAAACAUAAAUUCAAAACAGGAGUUAUAUUUAACAUCACCGUUGGACGCUGAAAGGGCUACAAAGGAGACCUUUCAGGUGAAGUGCACGAUAAAAGAUUUGAAAACUUCUCGUCUUUAUUCCGAUACUUUUUCUCUCCACGCAACCAUUCGAAUAUUAGAUGUCAACGACAACGCACCUUAUCUCCCAAAAGAUGUCUCUACAAACGUUCAUUUUCAUGACACUGACUUACAACAGGGAAGAGAUCUUCCUAUACAGUUCAACGUUUUCGACAAAGAUUCUGAAGCGGUGAACGACAUUGUGGUACGAGUUGAAGACGACCAGCUGGGCUUAUUUAAAGUCAGAAAUACGACCGUAUACGACAAUAUUAUGGCCAGCGGCGGCAUGCUCUUAAUAUCUUUUGUGACAGCUGUAAAACCGAUACAGUUCCCGGGCAGUGAAUACAACUUCUCUGUUGUCUUAGAAGACAGAAGCCUUCAAACCAGGGAAGAAAAUAAGGUAAUAUAUAACGUUAUUAUUCAUAAAAGUCUUCGCAACCAAUUACAACAGCCAGUGUUGCCUCUGAAUGGUGAAUACAGCACGAUGGUCUCUCGACAAGCAGCUCGACAUGCUCGUGUUAUCCAGCCUAUUAAAGUACCACUGUUUAGUCGCUGGUUUUUCUCCCUAUCUCCUGGAGAUCAGAGUAUUUUCGGCAUCACACCUCAAACUGGAAUAAUCUAUGUGAAAGAUGAUAGAGAGCUCAAGGACAUUCCUGAACAAUACAUUAAAAUAAAUCUGUCGUGGAUAAACGAUGUUGAGAAAAAAGGUUAUGUGACUGUUGUUGUCAACUUAACUACAGAAGAUGAUCCUUCUAACAAUAAAGAGUGUGACCAGCUCUGCGCAUCCUUUGAGGAUGAAGAUCAUUGUACAAGUUCUUGCGGUGCAGGAGUACAGAGAGGGCGCUGUUUAUGGAGGCGAGGGAUUACCAGUACAAGUUUUAUGAGUGUGGAAUACGCCACCUGCACUACAAAUCUUGAAACUUGUCCUAAUGGAGAAUGUGAUGAGCUAGAAGAAUUUGACAAAACACUCUGUCCUCAAGACUGCAUUCAACAAGAAAACGUCCAAGGGGAAGCUAUUGCUUACGAAAAAGGUAGAGGUAUUCAACUAGCUGUUGGAACGUGUAUAUGUAUAGCUUACGACAGUUGUUAUUGCGAGCGCUCAGAACCUCCAGCAAAUAAAAGCAGACAGAAACAUCCACAUAUCCUAGACCAAGUUCAUUCCACUGGAGAUUUUACAAAUAUUCACACUAAAGCAACAACUGGUGAACCGAGCUUUAGCACCGACAAGGCCUCCAAAAUGGAAGACUCUGAAAAUCAUUUUAUAACUGGAAUCACAACAGUGGCGCCAUGUGGUAAAGGUUGCACGGCGCUUAUAUGCCUACUCGUAACUUGUGGAAUUGGAAUUUGUGUUGUUUUCUGUGUACUUCGAAGAGUUCGACAGUCUACGAAUAGAAAACAAAAACACAAAUAUGUCGGUAGUCGAAUAUCUUUGUCAGUUGUCCCCUCAGAUUACGUCGACGAAAGAUCGUCCUCCGUACACGAGUCUCAAAGUGCCAGUGACAGUUCAAACACCAGCAAAACAAUGAGUGACGUCAAGUGGGAAUUUCCUCGUGAGAAUUUGAUACUUGAGGAAACUUUGGGAGAAGGAGAAUUUGGAAGAGUGAUGAAAGCUCAAGCCUGGAAUAUUACAAGACAACAAGAAUAUGUUACAGUGGCUGUAAAGAUGUUAAAAGGAAAUGGAACACACGCAGAGGAAAUGGAUCUGUUUUCAGAAUUUAAUAUGUUGAAAGAAGUCUGUCAUCCUAACGUGAUCCGCUUACUGGGAGCUUGUACACAGAAAGGGGGACCACUGUAUAUCAUUGUAGAAUAUGCUGAUCUUGGUUCUUUACGUUGUUUUCUACGAAAAACCCGCCGUCUUGAGGUUAGCUACACAUGUCAAGUUGGAAAUCCAACGUAUUUUGUCGAUGGUGGUGACAUCUCCCGACAGCAAUUUCGAAGUAUUCCUUGGGCAGAACUUCUGUCGUUCGCUUGGCAAAUUGCCAACGGAAUGUCAUAUUUAAGUAAUAUGAAGCUCAUUCAUCGAGACCUCGCAACAAGGAAUGUGCUUCUGGCUUCAGGGAAAGUUGUAAAAAUCUCCGAUUUUGGGCUUAGUCGGGACGUUUAUGAAGGCGAAACAUAUUUAAAGAGGAGUAAAGGGAGAGUCCCAGUGAAAUGGAUGGCAAUAGAAUCUCUUGAAGACAACUUGUACACAUUCAAAAGUGAUGUGUGGUCGUUUGGUGUCGUUCUAUGGGAGAUUGCGACGUUAGGGGCAACACCCUACCCAGGUGUAACACCCGAAAGACUCUUUCAGUUAUUAAAGGCCGGUUAUCGGAUGGAAAAACCGAACGCAUGCUCAGACGAACUGUAUAGCGUUAUGCUCAUGUGUUGGAGAGAGAAUCCUCAUGACAGGCCCUCCUUCAAAGUCCUUGUCACGAAGCUUGAUCAGAUGCUUCUGCAAACUAUGGAAUACCUGGAGCUAAGAACAGACGAGGAAUCACUCUACUGGAACGAAAACGAUCGGCCGCCUUUAAUAACCAAUUCCAGUGAAGAUGAAAUCAAUGGUGUUGCUGUUGAAUAUGGAAAGAUUGACGUUUUUCAAGCUCAGAAUGAAACAGUCUAGCUUGCAUGUCAUUAAUUAAAGAAAGACAAGCAAUUAAAUGGGUUUCCUAGGGAACAAUGUUUGUGAACACAGCAGCAAAAUGUUUCUCUCGUGACUGGCACUAGUAGAAUGACGUCAUGUCCGUUUAUAAGAUGACAAGAUUAAAUACAAUUUAGUCACUACCUGAAAAAUGCUAAUCGUGUAAAGCAGCUUUACUAAUGCGUCCAAAGUGUAUAUUAAACACUUAAACUUAAAAAUCAAGACGUAUAUUAGAAAACCCAAAUUAUAGUACUUUACCUAAUUGAACAAUUUUUGAAAUUGUUUCGACGUUUCAUUUAUUUACUAGUCUGAUAAGGUAUGAUGUUUGAGUCAUCCAAAAAUGUUUUUUAUCUAUAUAUGCAUUUCUAAUUUUGGUAAGUAUGUUUUGAAGCAAAACAAGGAGAUGCAUGUUGUUUGUUUUAAAUAAAGUAAUAUUUCUCUGAUGUCCCAUCCAUAACAUUAAUGUAUGAUGAUAAGAUAUACAUCAGACAUUAAAGGCAAAGGCUUUUUUCUAUUCCGAUUUUGAUAAAAAAUUAUAAUUCAUGUUAGCAAACGACAACACGGGGUUUCUUACAGACCCGAGGGUGACAUCAAUUAUGACUGACUCCAAAAGCUUAUCAACUCUGAGGUCUGUCUCUAUCAGAGGAAUACUUGAACAAGUAAAAUCAUAGCACUUAGAUUAGUGAGUAAAAUGCUCUAACAGCUUUUUUUUAUAUAAAUCAAUCAAAUUUUUCCUUCUUUAGUAAUUGCAGAGAAGUUUCACAGGUAAAUGCAACAAAGUAGUUUACUUUUUCAACGCAUAGUUUCAAAAUCCGAAAAUAGGUAAAAGCAGGACUUACGAGUUUAAGUUAAUGCUUAGUGAAAUUUACUUAUCAAUAGCUGUACCAGGAAAAUAAAGGGAGAAAAAACAGUGUUUAUGGUUAUAUUAUAUAUCUUUAUAGGUUGCCUCAAAUGCUUAUUGUUUUCUUUAUUUAGUUUAAUUCACAAACGUGACCUCAAAUGGGAUAAUUAGUUGUUUAUUGUCGUGUUUUAAGAAGCUGUGGAGUGUUUUAUAUGUCGUAUGCAUAUUGUAUACACGUAUACUUGUGUGUUUAUGGGUCUCUCUCUCUCUCUGUAUAUAUAUACAUAUACAUUAUAUUACCUCUCAAAAUCUGUUAUUGUUUUUGAUUUCUAUAAAUGACAUUUUGUAACACGUUAACAUGAGGGUGACUAAAUAAUGUAAGGUAGGUUUCUCCGAAAUGUUAUGCAUAUGCUCCACAAAAGCACAAUAUUCGUAUCGUCUAAACACAAUUGAUUUUACAAAAUAAUGCUACUUUUCGGUUUAUAUCGAAAACUUAUUGUCAGAUCUUUUAUAUUUUUGUUCCAGUUCAUUGUUAAUAAUACUAACGAUUAGGUUGCAUAGCUAUUUAAAAUUCUCAUAACCUGUGGGAGAACUAUAGCUAUAUCUGUCGGGUCGGACUUUUUUGGGGGGGGGGCCAAAGACAGUAGUAGUAGUAGCAUACUAUUUAGUAUUGAUAUGUGUAAUGGUACAGCCAAUGCAUAUUUCUUAUAAAGUGUAGCAUAUUUAUUUUAAAAGGCAAUUUCAAAGACAUUCUUUGACAAAGAAAUUAUGUAUAUAUAUUUUUAAUUAUUUCAGGCUUUAUUAAAAUAAUUGAAAUAGUUUAUGGCUACGAAAUUAUUUCUAACACUGCAAAAACCAAUCGUUUUAAACGCUUCUCCUUUUUAAUAACAGUGUUUAUACAUUCCAAUGCUUGUCAUCAUCACUAAUUUUGUACAAUUCCUAUUAAUUAGUGAAAUCAUUUGUCGAUUCUGUAAACUUAUUGAAGGAGGAAUUGAUAUGUAUUUAACUUAAAACUUCCUUUUCAGUAUUAAAUCAAUAAUUUUUGUAAAAUUAACGUUGUUUGAAGGUUAAAAGUACAAAAGUGUAAUAAUGUGAGACCGACUAAGUAACAUUAUAAUGUUGAUUAUUGAACGUCAAAUUAUAUCUGAACAUCUCAUGUAAAUAGUAAUUGUUAUUGUUACUUGUGAACUUUACAGGGUAAUUUUUGUAGUUAGUUAUUUGCUAUAAUGACUUAUGGAUAAAAUCAAUUGUAUACUUUAGAUAUGGAAGUAAUAUUAUAAUAUACUGUCAGUAAAACGUCUCAGCUCCAGAAGGAUUUAUUCUAAUGAUACACACUAAAUAAAGUACAGCUACUUGGGUAGCAGUAAAUGUUCAUUU